AUGGCGCUCGUGUCGGCCGGGUUGGUGCUCGCUUUGAGCGGCCUGCAGCUCGUCCUGUCCGCCGGUCACCGGUCUUACGUGGCGGCGGUGUAUGAGCACCGGGUGCUGCUGAACCCGAGCCCCGGGGCCCCGCUGCCGCGCCGAUCCGCCCUGGAGCACAUGAACAUGAACCUGCGUGUGUUUGACGAGCAGACAGCGCUGGCAGCGCAGCAGGGCGCUCAGAUCAUAGUGUUUCCAGAAGAUGCCAUCCACGGGUUCAACUUCACCAGAUCUUCGAUCGCUGGCUAUCUGGAGACGGUCCCUGACCCUCAGAAGGUCACGUGGAGUCCAUGCGCUGAUCCACACAGGUUUCCAGACACUGAGGUCCUCCACAGUCUCAGCUGUAUGGCUCGUAGGAACCGUCUCUUCUUGGUGGCUAACAUGCCGUCCCGUCAGAGCUGUAACCGAACCUCGGACCCUCGCUGUCCCGCAGACGGCCGCUACCAGUUCAACACCGACGUGGUGUUCAGCGAUCGGGGCGUCAUCGUGGCCCGCUACCGCAAGCAGAACUUGUACUUCGAGGCAGCGUUUGACGCUCCGCCGGAGCGCGAGCGCGUCACGUUCAGCACACCGUUCGCGGGUCGAUUCGGGGUGUUCACCUGCUUCGACAUCCUCUUCCGCGACCCGGCGGUGACGCUAGUGAAAGAAAUGGGCGUCCGGCAGAUCGCGUACCCGACCGCGUGGAUGAACCAGCUCCCCCUGCUGGCCGCCGUACAGAUCCAGCGCUCGUUCUCCUACGCGGCGGGCGUCACGCUGCUGGCCGCCAACGUCCGAGCCGCAGAGUACGGUAUUACCGGCAGCGGCAUCUUCACGCCGUGGGAUUCGCUCGUUCAUCACGACGCCGAGGGGAAUUCUGGGAAGCUGCUGGUGCACAGAGUGCCGGUUUUGGAUGCGCUUUUCAUUGGGGACGAUGGGGACAAACCGGUGCCAUUUUCCGGGCACCCAAAUACGAAGAUGCAUGUUUGGCCUACGGGUAGUUUCGGCGGUGGGCAAUAUUGCCAGAAAGAGUCCGAAUGCGCAACUUCGUCUACAUCCUUUAACUCCGUCAUGAUGUAUGAUAAUUUCACUCUGGUGCCUCUGCAAGGCGCCGAAGGGAACGUUAGCGUUUGCAGCGGUUCGGUUUGCUGCCACCUGCUGUUCCGGAGGUCGGACGCGAGCGAGUUUUACGCUCUGGGAGUCUUCGACGGCCUUCAUGUGGUGCACGGGACGUAUUACCUGGAGAUCUGCGCUCUGGUGAAGUGCACAGGUGAGGGCCGCAGCGGCUGCGGAGGAGAGACCGAACACGCUCGGACGCUGGUGGACUUCAGGCUGGCCGGGACCUUCACGACUCCACACGUCUUCCCGGGGAUUCUGGGAAGCGGGAUGACGCUGGAUGUUCCGGAUCAUUCCGGUUGGGAAGGAGGGAAUGGCUUUUACAUGAGCCGGACGGGAAUGAGUGCCGGGCUGGUGACCGCGGUGCUGUACGGGAGACACUACGAGAAGGACACCAAUGAGAUCAUUCCUCAUUGAAGAGAUGGAUUGAUUCACCCAAAAAUGAAAAUGCAAAAAAAAAAAAAAUGCUUACGAUGAAUGUCAAGCUCCAAAAACAAUUGGAUUGUAUUGGUUAAAAACAUGAAGGCGAGGAAAUAAUGUCGCAGCUUUUAACUCUUUAAAGCGAGUUCAGUAUAAAACCUCUCGUUCACGUUCACGGUUUAAUUUGUAAAGGAUUCAGUGUUUUUAGUGAAAACUUGCUUGAAUUACUCGCCAAUAACAGCGAAAGAGGCGUCCGUUUAUUGACUGGCAUUUCAUGCAAAAAUCUCGGAGAAAACAAAUAUAUAAAUAUUUAAAUGGGGCAAAUGUUAAAUGGGGCAAAAUCAUGUCUGAUAUAGAUAUUAUUAAAUUUGAUAAUACAGUGUUAAAUAAAUUACAUUUUUACAAAUAUAAAAAAAUAAUUUAAAAUUUUUCUUGUAGGUACAUUAAUUUAUGUUCUUAUAUAUAUUCUUUAAACAUUAUAUAAAAUAAAAAAAACUGCCCAUCUCUGACUCCAUAUUUUUUCACUUUUUCUUUUUAAUGUUCCAGUUUUCUGUAAUAAAGACUCUGUUGAACCUUAUGACAAAAAUGAUUUAUUUAUAAUUAUUAAUAAUUACUAACAAUGUACCAAAAGGUCAAGUCAGACACCUGAUCUUUUCAUUGUUUUUAAACUCUUAUAAAAUAAAUCACGUAUACACCCCCAUUCAAA